AUGGCCGAGGAACCUAAAUGCCCCUUUGCUCCCAAGAUCGAUAAUGUCGCCGGCGGCGGCAUUCAGGCUAGAGACUGGUGGCCUGACCAGCUCAAGCUAAACAUCCUCCGCCAGCAUACACAUGUCACAAACCCACUCGGCACCGAGUUUGACUAUGCCGCCGCCUUCAAGACACUCGAUUACGAAGCUGUCAAGAAGGACUUGCGCGCUGUUAUGACCGAUAGCCAGGACUGGUGGCCUGCUGAUUUUGGCCACUACGGCGGUCUGUUUGUCCGGAUGGCAUGGCACGCUGCCGGUACCUAUCGCGUUUUUGAUGGACGAGGUGGUGGUCGACAGGUGAGCUCGACUGGAAAGGUUUCGAGGGCAUAUCGCUAACUCUUGUUCACAUAGGGCCAGCAACGGUUUGCACCCCUAAACAGUUGGCCCGAUAACGCCUCUCUUGACAAGGCUCGCCGUCUACUCUGGCCUGUAAAGCAGAAGCACGGCAGUAAGAUCUCCUGGGCUGAUCUACUGCAACUGUGUGGCCAUGUUGCCCUCGAGUCCAUGGGCUUUAAGCCUGUGGGCUUUGCCGCCGGCCGUCCCGACACUUGGGAGGCCGAUGAGUCCACGUACUGGGGAGGAGAGAACACCUGGCUGGGCAACGACAUUCGAUACUCUGAUGGAAAGCCCGAUGCCUUCAAGAAGAGCGGAACUGUUGAUGCUGAUGUGCAUGAGGGCGCCGUCGCUCCCCACAAGAAUAUUCAUACUCGGGUUCUUGAGAAGCCUCUGGGCGCUGUCCAGUGAGUUGUCCGUAUCUAUGUUAGGCAUGUUUGGCACUAACCAACUUCUAGCCAUGGUCUCAUCUAUGUAAACCCACAAGGUCCUGACGGUAACCCUGAUCCUGUCGCCGCUGCCCGUGACAUCCGGGAGACCUUCAGCCGUAUGGCGAUGAAUGAUGAAGAGACAGUCGCCCUGAUUGCAGGGGGUCAUACCUUCGGAAAGUGUCAUGGCGCGGCCUCCUCAGACUACAUCGGUCCCGAGCCCGACGCUGCGGGACUCCAUGAGCAGGGCUUAGGCUGGAACAAUAGUUAUAUGUCUGGCAAGGGUCCGUACACUAAUACCUCCGGUCAGUCACCUGGACCAAGACUCCUGUCAAGUGGAGCCACGACUACCUCGACUAUAUUUUCCGCUUUGACUGGGAGCUUGAGAAGUCACCAGCUGGUGCCCACCAGUGGGUGGCUACCAACGCUGAGGCGACUAUCCCGGAUGCCUAUGAUGUUAAUAAGAAGCAUCGGCCUAGAAUGCUAACUGUUGAUCUUUCAUUACGUUAUGACCCGGAUUAUAAUAAGAUCUCACGUCAUUUCCUCGAAAAUCCCCAGGAGUUUCAUGAUGCUUUUGCGCGUGCCUGGUUCAAGCUCACCCACCGUGAUAUGGGCCCGAUCGAGCGUUACCUCGGUCCUGAGGUACCCAAGGAGCAGUAUAUCUGGCAGGAUCCUAUCCCUUCAGUUACCUAUAAGCUGGUUGACAAGAACGACAUCAAUAUUCUGAAGAAAGAGAUCCUCAAAUCUGGCUUGAGCCCUUCCCAGCUUGUGUCCACCGCUUGGGCUUCAGCUUCUACAUUCCGGGGUAGUGAUUUACGCGGCGGUGCCAAUGGUGCCCGCAUCCGCCUCGAGCCUCAGAUCAGUUGGGAGGUCAACAAUCCCACUCAGCUCAAGGUCGUUCUUGCUACGCUUGAGAGCCUUUCCAGGAGGUUCAAUAACCUGCAAUCCGAUGGCAAGAGCAUCUCCCUUGCCGACAUCAUUGUCCUUGGUGGCUCAGCAGGUAUCGAGAAGGCCGCUAAGGAGGCUGGUCACCACAUUUCCGUGCCUUUCACUCCCGGUCGUGGCGAUGCCACACAGGAGCAGACUGAUAUCGAAUCUAUCAACUACCUACGGCCUGAUGCCGAUGGUUUCCGCAACUACGGUCAAUCGACGGACCGCGUCCAGUUGGAGCAUUUCAUCAUUGACCGCGCCCAGCUCCUCGGCCUAUCCUGCGUUGAGUUGACCGCCCUCGUUGGUGGCUUUCGUGCCAUCGGCACCAAUUGGGACGGCUCUAGACACGACUAUUUGACGAACCGCCCCGGUCAGCUGACGAAUGACUUCUUCACCAACCUACUCGAUAUGAGUACGCAGUGGAGACCUGUGGGCAGCAGCGACCUCUUUGAGGGCUACGACCGAAAGACGGGCACGAAGAAAUGGACAGGCACGCGCAUCGACCUCGUAUUUGGUUCGCAUGCUGAGCUUCGUGCUGUCGCCGAGUCGUAUGCCGAGGUCGGUGGUGAUGAACGCUUUGUCCACGACUUCGUCGCUGCUUGGGUCAAGGUUAUGA